AUGACUUUAUACAUUCUAGUUUUGAUCUUAAUCAAUUUCAUUGACGUCAAUGCCUAUAAGAUCUUCUCUAUUCAAGCAAAGAAUAUUGACUAAUUAGACAAGCACAACAGUAGUUGUUCUUUAAAGAUGGGUCAAUACUAUGCUUUCUAUUGUGAUGAUGGCUAUACAGCAAUUCUUAAAUAAGAUGCUCUCAUCAGUCCGAAUCAAAGUUAUACAAAAGCAGAUUUUUCAAUAGUUCAAAAAGGAAUUCAAAACGUGGAAUCAAGAAAUGAAGUAACAGUAGCUUAUCAAAAUUACCUAAUGGUUUACGGUGAAAAGAGUCAUAGAGUGAAUGCAGUAACGUUAUAACAACAGGGAAAAAUAAAAAAUUCAUUCAACAUUGUGGGUGGAUUCUACCAAGAUAAUCUAUUGAUGGUAAUAACUGAGCAGAAUAAAUCAGAAUAAGCCUAUGUAUUCAAGGUGCUCGAUCCAAAUUUCUAGACUUUUGCAAUGCUUGCAAAUGUCACUUCUAAUGUCACAGCAUCUGCUGAUCUUAAGCAGGACUAAAUUUAAGCUUAUUACUUCUUAUAGAGACCCACCUUAGAAUAACCAUCCAAUACUUAUUCUAAGAUUAUUGAGUAAAAGUUCGAUGGCUUCUUUACAUUGAAAGAAUCUUCAGCGAUUGCUUCUUACGCUUAGUGUGCUGAGAAUUUCAAAGCCACUCAAUUGUUUUUAAUCGUAUCCUGCCCUAACUAUAACUUACAAUAAGGUAUCAUUUACAUAUUUUUGAGAUCGUCUCUAACUCCCAUAUUUGAAAUAAGAGGUGCCGCGAGAGGUGCUUACUUCGGAGAAUAGCUCUAAGUAAUUGAAAGUCCUGAUGGCUUGUAGCUCUAAAUAUUCUCUGUGAAAUAGUUGUAACUGUUUUCAAUCUCUUACAUUGAAAUUAUUUACAACGAGAAUUUAGACCCUAAAAAUCAAUUUAUCACCCUUGAUACAAUUACAAUUGACUCAUUCAUUAAUAGUUAGAACAAUGGGAGCUUAAGGAUUAGUUCAUAUGAGAACUACUUCAUGAUGAUGUUUACUUCAUUUGAUACUGUAUUUGGAAUAACAGCAUGCAAUUAUCAGUAUUAUUAUAAUCCAGAAACUAAUAAAUGUGUUUAAUGCAAUCCAAAUCAAUAUCAAGUUGGUGAUUACAGGUGUUAUUCAUAUCAAGAUGAGGAUCUAGUUCCAGAUGCUUAUAGUAAGAAAUUCAACUAUAUAAGAUAGAUUUAUAAUGAUCAAUAGUACAAUCCAUUUAUUUUGGUAUUCGCUGUAUUUGGAGGAGUCCUGAUAACACUACUGAUAUGUAUAUGUCUCAUUGUAUUGAGAAUAAAAGGUUAUAUUUGCAGGAGCAGCUACCUUAGACAAAGGCAAGCAAUUCACGAAGGCAGACAAUAAGAGAGAAACAUUGAAAGACUAGAGGAGGAAUUCGUUAUUAUAAUUGCAAAAAUCAACAAAGAAUUGCCAACUCUUGUGUUCAAGCAUAUUUAUAACAAGGGCAACUAAACAGAUUGUGUAAUUUGCUUUGAGGAGUAUCUGCCAGAAUCUGUGGUGAGAUAAACAAAAUGCAAGCACAUUUUCCAUGAUCAAUGCUUGAUGGAAUGGGUCAGAAAUAAAUUAGAUAAGCCGGAUUGUCCAACUUGCAGACAAGAUAUUUUGAUUGAAAUUAUUAAUGAUGAAAACCCAAAUCGACUAAAUUUUGUUAUUGAACCUACUGAAUAGAAUUAAGUGAUAGUUUAGCAAGUUGGAUACAAUGUCCCUAGACAAGUAGUUUCUGCCGCGCUACCAAUAGUACUUCCUUCUAAUAUUUAAAUUCCUCAAGCUACUGCUCCGUUGCCAAUAGUACUUCCUUCUAAUAUUUAAAUUGCUCAACCGAGUUAGCAACUAAAUGAUAGUAUUCAUGAUGAGCAUGGACUCAAUGAUGAGGAUGAAAGCGAUGUCAAUAUUGCCAACAACUAAUAGCUAUAAUAGCAAAUAGAAGUAGAUUAAAGAGAUAGCGAUGCUGUAUAUUAGUCUCAAUAAUCUCCAUAGAGAAGAAAUAAUCAAUGA